AUGGAAGUGGUAUUUAAACUUCCACCUCCUGUUAAUGAGAAGGGUAUCAGGAGUUUCUUAGGACACGCGGGUUUUUACCGCAGGUUCAUAAGAGAUUUCUCAAAAAUUGCAAAACCACUAACCACUCUAUUGGUUAAGGAUAAGGUGUUUUUCUUUGACAAAGAAUGCAUCAUUGCCUUUGAGACAUUGAAGAGCAAAUUGAUUUCAGCACCCAUUGUUAUUGCCUCCGAUUGGUCUCUUCCGUUUGAGAUCAUGUGUGAUGCUAGUGAUAUUGCUGUAGGGGUAGUCCUAGGACAACGAAGAGAGAAGUUAUUACUUGUCAUUUAUUAUGCUAGUCAUGUGUUGAACCCUGCACAGAUGAACUAUGCAACCACUGAGAAAGAGUUGUUUGUCGUGGUUUAUACAUUUAACAAAUUCAGGUUUUACUUAUGGAAUGACCCAUUCCUAUACAAGAGAGGAGUGGAUAGGUUGGUCAGACGAUGCGUCCCGGAGGCGGAACAAAAGGAUGUACUUAGAGCUUGUCAUGACUCGAACUAUGGAGGACACUUUAGUGGUGACCUUACAGUGGUCAAAGUUCUUCAGGCAGGUCUAUAUUGGCCCACAUUGUUCAAAGAUGCCCGAGACAUCGUCAAAGAAUGCAACAAAUGUCAAAGAAGGCGGAAUAUUUCUAAGAGAAAUCAAAUGCUGCAAAAUGCUAUGCUGGAGGUUAAUUGUUUGAUGGUGCCGAUAGCACUUAUUAGAAAUGAAGGUACUCACUUUUUGAACAAAUUGAUGGAGAAUUUGCUGAAGAAAUAUAAUGUUAAACACAAGAUCGCCACUCUGUAUCACCCUCAAACGAGUGGUCAGGUCGAAGUAUCCAACAGGCAGAUAAAGAAAAUCUUGGAAAAGAUGGUAUGUGCAUCUAGGAAAGACUGGGCAGCAAAGUUAGAAGAUGCACUAUGGGCAUACCGAACGGCUUUCAAAACGCCCAUAGAGUUGGAGCACAAAGCGUUUUGGGCAUCCAAAUUCUUGAAUCAUGAUCUGGCUAAAGUGGGUGAAUCUCGAAUCCUUCAGCUCCACGAGUUAAAGGAGUUUCAGAAUCAAGCUUAUGAGAAUGUCAAACUCUACAAAGAAAAGACAAAGAAAUGGCACGAUCAGAAGCUGCAGAGAAAGGAGAUUGUCGAGGGAUAA